AUGGGAAAAUCGCAACAUGCCAUUUUCCCCAUACAAUGUGGGCCAGUUUUUUUGGGCGUCACCACAACGUUAGGUAGAGUGCUUGUGCGCGGGCCUUUAAGCUUAAGCCUUUUGGAUGUAUUCUUGGAUACGUAUAGAAAGAAGCGGGAGUUUAAUAUUUUCUAUAUAUGUUUCUAGGAAUAAAUAGCUUUUUAUGGAUAAUAGCAUUUGGAAAGCACUUCAUCGCGUAUCCAAUUAGUCAGAACAAAAUGAUUGGCUUUGUAACGACCAAAUGGGAAUAUGGCUAUAUUCCAGGCCCACAAUCUAAGAUUUCUUCCGUUCAGACUCUACAGAUAUCAAUAACCUCGAGGAUCGGCUGGGCCUAUACCAAGCAGUCAGGCUUUCUCCAGCGGAAGUGCAACAAAACAUCGCGCCAGGCGGGUGAAUUAUAUGAGACGCAGGCUCCAGAACUGAAAUGCCUGAGCUACGAGGAAUAUUUGCUGAUCGUGGAACAACUUUUUGCAAAUAGGAUGGGCUGGACUUGCGGAGAGAAUAUGGAUCAAAUAUGUGGAAAGGCCAGGGAGAGCUUGUAGUUGUGAGAUCAAUCCAUGAGAAGUGCAUUGGCCUGAUGAGGGCUAUGAUCACAUCACGUGAUCUAAUUACAUAAGCGCA